UUGACCAAUCAGCAGCAACUGACGCUCGUGGCAGGGCGGCACCAAGGACGAAUAGCUGUGCUGACACACGCUACACGUGUUUCAUCAGCGGAGCGCCGGUGAGGAAGAACGGGUAGCUCUCUAUUUUCAGCCAAUCCAGACCAAAUCAAGCAUCUUUUACAGCAUCAGAAUGUGUGGUAUAUGGGCCGUGUUUGGUAGCGAUGAGUGCCUUGCAAUUCAGUGCACUAAUGCCAUGAAGAUCGCUCAUCGUGGUCCAGAUGCUUUCCGCUUUGAGAAUGUCAAUGGUUUCAUCAACUGCUGCUUUGGGUUUCACCGCCUCGCUAUAGUGGACCAACUGUAUGGCAUGCAGCCUCUGCGAGUAAAGAAAUUCCCCUACCUGUGGCUAUGUUACAAUGGCGAGAUCUACAACCACAUCAAGAUGAAGAAUCAAUUUGAAUUUGAGUAUCAGACUAAAGUCGAUGGAGAGAUCCUUCUCCACCUGUACGAUCGUUUUGGAAUCGAGAAGAUGGCCUCCCUGCUAGAUGGUGUAUUCGCCUUCAUCUUGUUGGACACUGCUAACAGAAAGGUUUUCUUAGGCAGGGACACCUAUGGCGUGAGACCUCUGUUCAGAAUGCUCACUGACGAUGGCUUUCUUGCUGUCUGUUCUGAGGCCAAAGGUUUGACCGAUAUCUCACACUCCAUGUCUUCUCCUGCAAAGAUCACUCCCUUCCCACCAGGGCACUUUGAGGUGUUUAACUUGAAGCUCAGUGGAAAAGUAGAGUCUGUUCAGAUGGAUCGCUUCCACUGCUGCACAGAUGAACCCAAACACGCCUCCUAUAACAACCUUGAGGGUCUUGGCACAGGCUUUGAAUUGGAGACCGUCAAGAAAAACAUUAGGAUCCUGUUUGAAAAUGCAGUAAAGAAACGCUUGAUGGCUCACAGAAGAAUUGGUUGCCUCCUCUCAGGUGGUCUUGAUUCAAGUCUGGUUGCUGCGACACUUGUGAAACUGGCCAAAGAAGAGCAGCUUCCAUAUCCCAUUCAGACCUUUUCCAUUGGUGCAGAAGACAGCCCAGAUGUCGCCGCUGCUCGCAAGGUGGCAGAAUACAUUGGUACUGAACAUCAUGAGGUGAGCUUCACACCUGAGGAGGGCAUCCGUGUGCUGGAGGAAGUCAUCGUUCACUUGGAGAGUUAUGACAUCACCACUAUACGUGCCUCCGUUGGUAUGUAUCUGAUAUCUAAGUACAUCCGAGAGAAGACAGACAGCGUUGUGAUUUUCUCAGGUGAAGGUUCGGAUGAGUUGACACAAGGAUACAUCUACUUUCAUAAGGCUCCAACAGCUGAAGCUGGAGCAGAGGACAGUGUGCGUCUGCUGAAAGAGCUUUACCUGUUUGAUGUGCUGAGAGCUGACAGAACCACAGCUGCACAUGGACUGGAGUUGAGAGUGCCUUUCCUGGACCAUAGGUUCACCGCAUACUACCUCUCUCUGCCUGUAGAGAUGAGAGUACCUAAGGAUGGUGUGGAGAAGUAUCUCUUGAGGGAAGCGUUUAAAGGGAUGAAACUAAUUCCAGAGGAGAUUCUCUGGAGAAGGAAAGAGGCCUUCAGUGAUGGUUUGUCAUCCAUGAAGAAGUCCUGGUACACUAGCCUGCAGGAGCACAUUGAGUCUGAGGUGAAUGACUCUCAGUUGGAGAAGGCUGCUAAGCUGUACCCUUUCAACCCCCCCAAAACCAAAGAGGGUUUCUUCAUGAGGCAGAUCUUUGAGAAGAAUUUCCCCGGCCGCCACGAGUGGACGCCACAUUACUGGAUGCCUCGCUGGAUCAAGGCCACAGACCCCUCGGCCAGAACCCUGUCCAUCUAUAAGCCUGAUAAAGACGAGUAAUCGCAUCAAAAUUCAGACCUUGGCUAAACGAUACAAUCACUAUGGCAUGCAUACCUGCCACAUGAAGCCGGCUUAAAUGUUACCAAAAUAUAUAUUAUUGCCUCAACAUUCUCUGUUCAGUUCACAUAAAUUUGUUUGUUUGGGCCCCCCCUCCCUCCUAAAUCUUUUUAUGGAGCUUGGAUAUUAACAAAAAAGUAAAAUGGAUUUGGGUUGGUUUAGCUCGUUGGUUAAAAGAACCCCUUAAGAAAUUUGCACAGUAACAGUUGUUACUGUAGUAAAACUGUAAUAUUAAUUAACACUGUCAGCAAAGUUCAAGACAAAGAUACCGAAAACUCUUACACUGUUUAAAGGAGAUAACAUAAUCGCUUAUUUUACAUUAGUAACUAGCGAUAUACAUUACUGUUCAAAAGUUUGAGGUCGUUUAGAUUUAAAAUGUUUUCGAAAGACUCUUAAUGCUUACUAUAUAUAUUUUUUUUUAUAUAAAUGCAGUAAAACGGUAAUAUUGUGAAAAAUAUUACAAUUCAAAAUAACUGCUUUCUAUUUAAAUAUUUUUUUUUAACAUGUAAUUUCUGUGAUGUCAAAGCUUGAUCAUGAUCAUUUAGAAAUCAUUCUAAUAUGCUCAUUUGGGGCUGAAGAAACAUUUCUUCAUAACAGUUAUGCUAAUUCAUAUGCUUUUUUUUUUUUUUCUCUCUUCCCCUUACGGGAUUUCAGAAUUUUCAAAAUUCUUUUGAAUUGAAAGCUCCGAUGAACUGAGCUAUGAAUAUGUAGGCUACUUGCUGAAAAGCAUUCAUUUCUUUCAGGGGGGUGGAAAAAAAAAAAAAAAUCUUAUUGACCACAAACUUUUGAAUAUUAGGUGUUUUUGUUUGUUAUUAUUAUUUCGGGAAUAAAUUAUUAAUUUUUUACUCUUUUUGUAAUAUCAGGGCUGGAUAAUAUCUUGGCAGUCCACAAGCUGUUACCACCGUGUGUGUGUGUGUGUGUGUGUGUGUCUGUGUGUGUGUGUGUGUCUGUGUCUGUGUGUGUGUGUCUGUGUGUGUGUGUGUGUGUGUGUGUGUGUGUGUGUCUGUCUGUGUGUGUGUGUGUGUGUGUGUCUGUGUGUGUGUGUCUAGUUAAACUGCCUUUAGGCAGUGAUAUUUAUUCCAAAAAAACAGUUAGACUGUUAUUGUAAGCCUUCAAGUUGAAUGAAUGGCACUGGUUAAAGUAGGGUUUACUAUUUAUCCUUAAAUGGUGGCUUAGUAUUGACAUGUGAAAUUAAUAUUAAGGGUUAAAUUAUUUUUAUAAAUUUUAUUUUAAUCUAUUUUCAUUGCUGCACCAUUGCUUUAAUGUGGUAUAAAAUAAUUUUGAAUUAGAGAAAUGAAACAGUUUACUGUUUAAAAAAGAGAACUUGGCCUUGAAUGGAUGUUUUCAGUUAAUUUGGAAAGUGGGGUUCAGAUGCUGGAGUGAUUGCAUUGAAAGAUAUGGUCAUGAUAUUGAUAAAGGCUUUCUUCAGAA